CAUUUCUAAAUCAACUCUUGAGUUGUGAAAACGUAAAAUAAAUUAAACUCCAACCAACCGUCGACCAGUUAAAAUUUUGUUGUCACAUCAUCAUCUCGAUUUAAAUCGGUUAUUCCACUCAAUUAGCAUGCCUACCGUCCGUUUACAAUCAUCCGAUGGCGAAAUUUUCAAUACUGACGCGAACACAAUAAAGUGUUCGGAAACUAUCAAAACAAUGUUCGAUGAUUGCAGAAUCGGGGAUGAAGACGACGUUCUUGUGCCGGUGCAGAAUGUGAGAGCAGACAUUUUGCAAAAAGUUCUAGAAUGGGCCAACCAUCACAAAGACGAAGCUCAAAAGGCUGGCGAUGGCGUUGACACAAAACAAAAACGAACCGAUGACAUUUCGGAGUGGGAUGCAAACUUCUUGAAAGUGGACCAGGGAAUGUUGUUCGAUUUGAUUUUGGCAGCGAAUUACCUGGAUGUAAGGGGACUGUUGGACGUUACGUGCAAAAAGGUGGCCAGUAUGAUCAAGGGGAAAAACCCAGACCAGAUUCGCAAAACGUUUAACAUUAUUAACGAUUUUGGUGAAGAGGAAGGCGAAGAGGAAGGUAUGAAGAAAAGUGAAGAGAGUUGAUUCAUGUAAUGGUUUCGUUUGUUGGUAGAAUAAAUGUUUAA